UAGCUGUUUUGGUGACAAAUUUUGUUUUUUACUCAGAAACCUACGUUUGAAGGACUUGCCCAAGAAGCCCUUUCAAUCUGCAUAACAACUUUGAAGAGUGCCUCCAAAACAAUUGCAGAUCGAAAGGGUGCAAUAAACGGUUCUUUGUUCUUCAUUAAACAUUUACUGAUUUUGAGAGAGCAGAUUGCCCCAUUUGAUGUCGACUUCGCAGUCAAAGAGGUUGCAUUGGAUUUUUCAAAGAUGAGAACAGCUGCUUUUGGUUUGUUAUCAAAAGGAACCAGAUUGCUUAGCUUGAGUACAAAUAACGCCAUUCUGGAGUUUCUUCUUGAGGGCGUUCCGCAGUUAACUGAAUACUGUUUGGACUCAAAAAAGGAAGUGGAUGCAGAACUGAAAAAUGUGUGUGAACAAUUCAUUGGCACGGCUGUUGAUAAUUUCGUCAGUCCCCUGACCUCGCUGCUCGAUAAAAUGGACACACUGACACAGCUGGCUGAAGAGGAAGGCAAGGACAAGCACCAAAUUAUUAACCAGCAGCCAUUUGCAAAACCAGAGAGCGUGCGGAAAGUGGUCAGCGAGGCUUACAUGAUGCUAAAGUCGAAACUGCCGGGGGUGAUGGAGAGUAUGUCAUUGUACUUGGCAAGCAAAGAAACAGAGUAUAUCUUAUUCAAGCCCAUUAAGACAAAAGUCCUGAAAGUGUACAAACAGCUGUCUCAACUUGUGCAAGAAAAUUACAGCUUGGAAGACCAACAAAUCAUCGGAUGUCCAUCGCAAGAACAGGUCUCACUUCUCAUGGCAUUUCGAUAGUAUGCAGAAACUCCCUAACGAUUUUCAAGCAACUGAUCAAAGUCGGGGCCGAAUUAAUAUAUUAACGCGACUCAGAAAGAGUUUAGAAUAUUUAAAGUCAGUAGAAUAUAAAAAUUUAAAUUCAUUCAAAA